AUCCCUGCGCUAUAUAGAUCGCAGGUGGCAGGCUGGAAGGCCACACCCAGCCCCAUCGCCCGCCGGCCCCGGGUGGCCAUGGAGUGCGUCGUCCGCCCGGCCCAGAGCACCGACUGCGACCACAUCAUGGGCAUGAUCCGCGAGAUUGCCGAAUAUCAUAACCUGCUGGACGAGGUGACAAUCAACUCCCAGGUGUUGAGGGCUGACGGGUUUGGAGGGGACCCCUUCUACCAAUGUCUCGUAGCAGAACUGGCCCCGGAGCAAGAAGACAAGCAAGGUCACCUAAUCGGCUACGCCUUAUUCUUCUUUGGCUACAGUGUGAACACCGGCCGCAUUGUCUACUUGGAGAAUCUAUAUGUGGUCUCUGAGUUCAGAGGCCGGGGGAUCGGGAAGAAGCUGCUGAGUGAAAUGGCUAAGGUGGUGCUGGCCCGGGGCUGCACCGAGAUGAAGUUCACGGUGGCGGCGUGGAACAGCCAGGCCCUGGCGUGGUACCGGCAACUCGGGGCCCAGGACAAGACGGAGGCGAGCGACUGGCACUGCUUCGAGCUGGGGGCCGAGGCCCUGCGCAGGCUGGCAGGGGACGGACAGUGAUUCGGGGCCAGGGGGAGCCGGGCUGGGGCCAUGGAGCUAAACCAGCUGGAGCCCUCCGAGCCUCACGGUGUCCUGCGUCUGCCCCCCACAACCCUCCAUCGCUCCCUCCAUCCCACACAGCCCUCCAUCCAUCCAGCCCUCCUUCCAUCCCUCCAUCCCCCAUAGCCCUCCAGCCAUC